AUGACAGAAGGAUAUCCAUUCUCGCUAAAUGAUAAGAGUUUCGGUCAACUAAAUCAAUCCUCGCCGCUUUCAUCUACUUUGAAUAGUGGUCUAAAUUCUGGUAUUAAUAUAGGUUCUGCAAUGGGUGCUGGCAGUUAUCAACAUUAUGGACUUAAUGCUUUGGGUGAUUCUAUGAUGUAUCAACACACGGUAGGUGGUGUUGGUUGUGGAGCUGGUGGAUCACCCACAGCAACCACACCGCCAAAUAUAAACUCAUGCUCAUCCGUAACGCCACCGCUCUCCAAUCAACCUAGUCAAAGUGAACUAAAUAGCGAUCAAAUGGUAAGAAUUUAA